AAAAAAACCCAUUUCUUCUUUUGCAUAAGCAUCUGAGAACUAAAUUUCUCUAGUCACCCAUUCCGUCACCUCAACAAUCUUGGCCGGACAUGCCCCUUUUCAUUUCCGCCGAGGAACUGUCGCUGAUCUCCGGCGAUGGCGCCGCGGUGGCGGAGAGGGCCGACGCCUUCAUAAGGGAACUAAACAGAGAGCUGGAGACGGCGAAGGCCAAGGCCGAUGCCGCCGUCAUCACUGCCGAGCAAAACUGCUCUCUUCUCGAGCAGAAGUUCAUCUCCAUCUCCGGUGAGUUGUCGGACCUCCAGUCUCAGAACGCACAACUUCAAUCAUCUCGGGAUGACAAACUCGCCGAGUUAGCGCAGGUUCAGGCCGAUAAGCAUCAGCUCCACCUCCAAACCAUUGGAAAAGAUGGAGAGAUUGAGAGGUUAACAACGGAGGUGUCGGAGCUACAUAAGUCGAAGAGGCAGUUGCUGGAGAUGAUUGAACAGAAAGAUUCGGAGGUUGCUGACAAGAACGCUACUAUUAAGGCCUAUCUCGAUAAGAUUGUUAACUUGACUGACAAUGCUUCACAAAAGGAGUCUCGAUUAAGUGAAACUGAGGCUGUGUUGGUUCGAGUACAGGCUACUUGCACACGUCUUUCUCAGGAGAAGGAGCUUAUUGAGAGGCACAAUACGUGGCUUAACGAGGAGUUAACUGCCAAAGUUGACAAUCUUAUUGAGAUUCGUAGAACACAUGCUGAACUUGAAGCUGAUAUGUCUGCUAAGCUUGCUGAUGUUGAAAAACAAUACAAUGAAUGCUCCAGCUCCCUAAAUUGGCACAAGGAAAGAACGAGGGAACUGGAAACUAAGCUGACAUCUCUACAGGAGGAAUUGUGCUCAUCAAAAGAGGCUGCUACAUCCAAUGAGGAAAGAUUCUCUGCUGAACUAUCAACUGCAAAUAAGCUUGUUGACUUGUAUAAAGAAAGUUCAGAGGAAUGGUCCAAAAAGGCUGGGGAACUUGAGGGAGCCAUAAAAGCUUUAGAAAUGCACCUUGGCCAAGUUCAAGAUGAUUACAAGGAUAGACUUGAGAAGGAAGCAUCUGCAAAGAAACAGGUUGAAAAGGAAAUGGUCGAUUUGAAAGAGGAACUUGAGAAGUGCAAAGCUGAAAUUGAAGCCGGUAGGAAAGAGAAUGAGUUGAAUCUGCUUCCACUUAGCACCUUUACAACAAAAACAUGGAUUAAUUCAAAUGAGGCUAAUGACAUGGUUGAGGAUAAUCAUGCCCUUGUCCCAAAGAUCCCAGCUGGGGUUUCUGGAACGGCAUUAGCUGCUUCUCUUCUCCGUGAUGGCUGGAGUCUGGCCAAAAUGUACGCAAAAUAUCAAGAGGCAGUUGACGCUCUUCGACAUGAGCAAUUGGGAAGAAGGGUUGAAUCAAUAUUGCAAAGGGUGCUACAUGAAAUAGAAGAGAAAGCAGUAGUCAUUAUGGAUGAAAGAGCGGAACAUGAAAGAAUGCUUGAGGCAUAUAAUUUAAUCAACCAGAAAUUGCAGAAUUUUAUGUCAGAACGCUCAAAUCUAGAGAAAACAAUACAGGAAUUAAAGGCUGAUUUGAGGAGGCGUGAAAGAGACAAUUACCUGGCUCAAAAGGAGAUUGCUGAUCUUCAAAAGCAGGUGACAGUUCUUCUUAAGGAAUGUCGUGACGUACAACUACGCUGUGCACCUGUUGGGCAUGAUUUUCCUAGUGAUGAUGCAACUGCUGCUCCUGCUGAUAUGAGGCUGCAGCCCAAUGCUGACAUAGUUAUAUCAGAAUUGACAUUCAAGGAUAUAAAUGGGUUAGUUGAGCAGAAUGUCCAACUUAGGAGCCUUGUCCGUGAUCUUUCUGACCAGAUAGAAAGUAAAGAGACGGAGUUCAAGGAAAAACUGGAAUUGGAGCUCAAAAAACAAGCUGAUGAAGCUGCAUCUAAAGUUGCAGCAGUGUUACGGAGAGCUGAAGAGCAGGGGUGCAUGAUUGAAUCACUGCAUACCUCUGUUGCAAUGUACAAGAAGUUAUAUGAGGAGGAACAUAAGCUUCAUCAGUCUUAUUCCCCUGCAGCAGAAGCAGCUCCAGAUACUGGGAGGAGGGAUCUCUUGCUUCUUCUCGAAGGUUCUCAGGAAGCUAGUAAGAAAGCUCAAGAUAAAGCUACUGAACGUUUAAGAUGCCUUGAAGAGGAUCUAGCUAAGGCCAGGGGUGAUAUUAUAGGUUUACGGUCAGAGCGUGACAAGUUGGCUCUUGAAGCAAAUUUUACAAAAGAAAAACUUGAAAGUGUCAUGAAAGAAGCUGCACAUGAGAGGGAUAAAAUCAAUGGUGUUCUGGCAAGAAAUGUGGAGUUCUCACAAUUGAUUAUUGACUACCAAAAGAAGCUACGUGAAAGUUCUGAAUCUUUUAAUGCGGCUGAGGAGAAUUCUCGGAAAUUGGCAAUGGAGGUAUCUAUAUUGAAACAACAAAAAGAGAUGUUAGCAAAUGCUGAAAGGAGAGCAUGUGAUGAAGUUCGCAGCUUGUCAGAGAGAGUUUAUCGCCUGCAGGCUAGUUUGGAUACUAUACAGAGUGCAGAGGAAGUUCGUGAGGAAACGAGAGCUUUGGAGAGAAGAAAGCAAGAGGAGUAUGUUAAACAAAUAGAGAAAGAAUGGGCUGAAGCUAAGAAACAGGUACAAGAAGAGAGGGAUAAUGUUCGUACUCUCAUAUCUGACCGCGAACAAACUCUGAAAAAUGCCAUGAAACAAGUUGAAGAUAUGGGAAAAGAAUUGGCUAAUGCUUUGCAUGCUUGUGCCUCUGCUGAGGCGAGGGCUUCCGUUUCUGAGGCCAAACUUGCUGAUCUGGAGAAAAAGCUUAAAUCUUCUGAGAGUUUGGGUAUAGAUGGUGGUACACCAUCCACUAUUUCAGCAAAUGUGGUGGCAGACUUGCCAAUGACAAAUGAAGAGAUGGAGAAACUAAAGGAGGAGGCAAAAGCUAACAGGGAUCACAUGCUGCAGUAUAAGAACAUAGCACAAGCCAAUGAAGAUGCAUUGAAGCAAAUUGAACUGGCACACGAAAAUUUUAAGAUUGAGGCUGAAAAGUUGAAGAAAUCUUUAGAAGCAGAGCUUGUUUCACUUAAACAGAGGGUUUUUGAACUUGAGAAUGAAUCCUCUUUGAAAUCAGAGGAAGUAGCUGCUGCAACUGCAGGAAAGGAAGAAGCUCUUUCUUCUGCAUUAGCAGAAAUUACAAGUUUAAAGGAGGAAAAUGCAGUUAAAAGUUCUCAAAUUAUGGUACUGGAGACUCAAAUUUCUUCUAUCAAAGAAAACCUGGAUAACGAGCAUGAAAAGUGGCGUGCAGCUCAAGCCAAUUAUGAAAGACAGGUUAUUCUACAAUCAGAGACCAUUCAGGAGUUGACUAAAACUUCGCAAGAAUUGGCUUUACUGAAAGAGGAAGCAUCUGAGUUGCGUAAAGUGGCUGAUGCCCAUAGAAUUGAAAAUACUGAACUUAAGGCUAAGUGGGAGAUGGAGAAAACAAUUCUUGAGGAAUCCAGGAAAGAAGCUGAGAAGAAAUAUGAUGAACUUAAUGAACAGAACAAGAUAUUGCACAGUCGUAUUGAAGCUAUGCAUAUUCAGUUGGCUGAGAAAGAUCGUGGUUCUAUUACGGAUUCACAUGGUGAUUCUGGUAUGCAGAAUGUAAUUAAUUACCUCCGACGGACGAAAGAAAUCGCAGAAACAGAGAUAUCUCUAUUGAAGCAGGAGAAGCUACGGUUGCAAUCACAACUUGAGAAUGCUCUUAAGGCAGAAGCAAAUGCCAAAGCCACACUUAAUGCUGAGCGUUCCAAUUCAAGAGCAGCUUUGAUGACCGAGGAUGGGAUCAAGUCUCUACAAGACCAGAUUAGGGAAAUGAAUUUGCUCCGGGAAAGCAACAUGCAGCUUAGAGAGGAGAACAAGCACAAUUUUGAGGAAUGCCAAAAAUUACGUGAGGUAGCUCAUAAAAGUAAGAUUGAAUCAGAAGCCCUAGAGAGUCGGCUGAUGGAGAAGCAAUUUGAGCUUGAAACUUCUAAAAGGGAAAUUGAAAAGCAUGAGGCAGAGAGAGAAAUCUUGGAAAAGAGGGUCUCUGAGUUACUUGAGAGAUGUAGAAAUAUUGAUGUGGAAGAGUAUGAUCGUCUGAAAAAUGAUGUUCAGAAGAAGGAGGAAAAGUUGAAAGAAAAGGAUGCUCAGAUAGAAGAGAUGACAAACCUUCUGUCUAAGAAGCAGGAUUUAAUAUCAAAAUUGGAACAAGAUCUUGCAAACAGCAAGUCGGAGCUCAAUGAGAAGGAUAAAAAGUUGAAUGAUAUUUUGCAGUUUGAGGCUAAUCUGAAGUCAGAUAUGGAGAAGCAGAAGAAGCUUGUCCUUCAAUUUAAGAGGAGAGCUGAGAAUUUUGCAAAAGAAAAGGAUCAAAUGAGCAAAGAAAAUCAAGCUCUUUCGAAACUGGUGGAGGAAUUGAAACAAGGUAGGAGGCCUAGUAACGAUACUACUGGUGAUCAAGUCAUGAAGGAAAAAGAGGAGAAAGACACUAGAAUACAGAUUCUGGAGAAAACUGUUGAGAGACAGAGAGAAGAGUUGAAGAAAGAAAAGGAUGAACAUCAGAAUGAGAAAACAAAACGUAUCAAGUGUGAACGGACUAUUAUGGAGGCGGUCAGGAAAAGUGAAAAGGGAAAAGCAACCGUUUUAAGUGAGCUUGAGAAGUACCAACUGGCUUUGAAGCGUAUCUCAGAAGAACUAGAAAAGCUCAAACAAGCAGAGGGCAAUCUUCCUCAGGGUACCUCAGUGGUUCAGCUUCUUUCUGGCACCAUCUCUGAUGAUCAUGCUUCCCUGUAUCUGUCUGCUGCUGAGGAUUUUGAGAGAGUAGCACGUUCAAUUCUAACUGAGCUUGGAACUGGCGCCAGUUCUGGAGACGUUCUUUCAGUAGACACUUCUGCUACCGCCUUAAUAGGCACAGCAGUUCCGGAUCAGGGCCCUGUUAAUACAUCCUCAACAGUACCUGUAACAAGUCAGCAUCAACCAGCUAAAGCAUCUGAAGAGAGGAGAUCUAUUGUACCUAAAACCAAUACUGAAACUCGUAAAACGGGGAGGAAGCUUGUCCGGCCACGUUUUGUCAAAGCUGAAGAGCGGCAAGGUGAUGUGGAGAUGUCAGAAGCCACAUCACAUGAUGUUGAUGCUCAAGGGACUCAACAAUCAGCUCGCAAGCGUCAGGCUUCUGCCACAACUGAGUUGAGUGAGGAUGUACCAGUUCCUGGGGAGACUAGUGCGGAUGUGGUUACACCUGCUCUUAAAAAAUCAAAGGGUCCAGAUUCAGGACAAGAGGCUGCUGAAGUUCAAGCUGCUACACUCACGGAAAAUCUCAGUGCUCCACAAGUAACUGAAGAAGUUGAUGAGACUGUCGGUGAUAUAACUCUAGGUUCAAAUGAGGAAGUUGUUGAUGUGGAGAAGGAAGAGGCUGACACAAUGGAGGAAAACUUAGAAGAGUCAAAAGAACCCCAGGUAGAUGGGACGAGUGAGGUUGGACUGCAGGAAAAUAAAAACUUGUCAGACGAGGUCCUUGAUAAGCCAAUUGGAAACGAGAUGGUAACUGAUGAAGAACCAAAGAAUCUAGCUGUGCAAGAAAGCCAACAGCCCCCUCUAGAAACUGAGAGUGAGAAGGAAGAAGGCGAACUGGACCCUGAGAUAGCAGCAGAUACUGAAGGAGGUACCGAUGUGCAUAAUGUAGCGGGAUCCUCUGAUGUUGGUGGGACAGAGCUAGGUUCAUCUCCUCUGACUUCACCUUCAAGGGUUGAAGAUGAAGCUCUAGUUACUGCAGCAGAAGGCGAUAACUCUCCUGACACUGUAACUGAUGAUAAGAAUGAUGAAGGUGACAUCGGUGAAGAGACCAUUGGUGAAGGAUUUGAAAAGACCAAUGAUGGUAACGAGCAGAGUGCGGUAGACACAGAUCCAAUGCCUGAGGCUGCCCCUGCUGCUGCUGUUGUUACCUCUGGCACUAAUGAGAGUGGUGCAACAAGCGGUCCACAAGAGGGUGAGGUCUCAAAAAACACGGGUAAUUCAAGCGGUACAGCUGCAGCCGAAGCAGAGGAUGUGAAACAGACGUCUCCCAUAAGCGGGAGCGGAAGUGGAAGUAGUGCAACCUCAACAUUGGUAAAUCUUCAAGAGAGGGCCAGGGAAAGAGCCAUGCUAAGACAGGCAGGAGUAGUCGGUUCUUCUACCACUUCAAGUAGAGGUCGUGGAAGGGUUACGAUUCGUGGUCGAGGUACCAGGGGACGAAGUGUGCGCGGUGGACGGGCAGGUGGAGCAGGGACACAAAAUCCUGAUCAACAGUGAACUAUUUUUACUAUGCCGGAGCCUGGAGAGGUCAGAAAGAGGAUGAGAUUAGAGGAUGCACUCUGCUUUUUUUUCUUCUUUUUGAAUCUUUUAAAGACAUUUUUAACGUCAUAGCAUGCUUUAUGUUAUGUUUCGAUGGGUAUGAUAUUGAAAUGGAUUAACACCUAACGCUCAUCUCUGUUAUUCUGGUAAAAGCUUUCCGAACACUGAAAAAUUGUUUCCAACA